CGGGUACUUUCCUCUAAAAUCAGCCUUCCAUUCACUCCUCCUUGGCAUUAUCUUUAAUCAGCCAUGGCUUUCUCUGGCAAAUGGGAGACUGAGAGCCAGCAGGGAUAUGAUGACUUCUGCAAGCUUCUUGGUAUCCCUGCUGACGUGAUUGAGAAGGGCCGUGAUUACAAGCUUGUGACAGAGGUGGGCCAGAACGGUGAUGAGUUCUCUUGGACUCAGCAUUACCCGGCCAACCACAGCGUCACCAACAAAUUUGUAAUUGGUAAGGAGUGCGACAUGGAGACUAUUGGAGGAAAGAAGUUUAAGGCAACCGUCACCAAGGAAGGCGACAAGCUGAGGACUCAAUUUCCCAACUACGACCACAUCGUCGAGAUCAGCGGCGGGAAGCUGAUUGAGACUUCCACAGCCAUCUCAGCUAAAGGUCCAGUUGUCCUUGUCCGGACCAGCAAGAAAAUGUAAAUGCAUUCCACUGCCUGUGUAUGACUACAGUUGUAUUUAAUAAACUGUGAAAAAAAUUA